AUGGAUGAUCAUUUUGAUCAAAGUGAUCAUGAUUGGGAUGAACAAGAACCCAUCCCCCCUGAUUUAUCAGGAGAACAUUACCAACAGAAAAGGGAUGCCAUGAGAAUUUUAGAAGCCCACAACUUCAUGUGCAUCGAAAAGCUGGGGUCUGGAGCCUUCGAUGAUGUAUAUAAAAUGACGGACUUCUCUGGCCAAGAAGUUGCCGUCAAGAUUGUUUCCCUGGAAGUCAUUAAACAAAAUGAGGUUGAAAUUUGGCCAAAAAUGUCUCACCCAAAUAUCAUCCCACUCCUACAAUACUUUAGCUUCACUAACCCUGAUGUAGGAGUUUUUGUAAUGCCUAUUUACAGGGACAAUUUGCAAAAUGCAGCCCUAGACAGGCAAUUUUUGAGACAAUCAGGCGCCCUAGACUACCUCAAAUUGUGGCUUAAGGAUAGUCUUUGUGCUCUAACCUAUUUGCACUCUAAUGAGGCCUGCCAUUUGGAUAUAAAAGCAGACAAUAUCUUGAUUUCGCAAGAUUAUAGAGCAGUCAUAUGUGACUUCUCUUGUCUUGCGUGCGCGACAAAGGCAAUACCAAAGGAUGAUCUUGGAUUGCCGCUCAUGUAUAGACCUCCAGAAGCGUGCCCAUCUGUUGGAAGUGGGACAGAAGUUGAUGGCAAAGCUUUUGAUAUGUGGGCGUUUGGAGUGAUGGUUUUAGAGCUUUUCACCAAUAAAGCUCUGGCCAGAGCAAUAAACUGCGCCGGAAACUGGGACAGAGACAUUUAUCCUAUCCUGUUCAACAUUCUCCAGGAUCCUCCUCAUAAAGCAAAAAUGACCAAGCAGAGGUUGAAAGAGAAUGUGUUGGACUUAGUACAAAACAGAGAUUUGCCUUCAGUAGAAAAGUGCUAUAUCCAGCAGACUGUAAAACGUGUUAGUAUUGAAGGAAGAAAAUCUUAUGUGCUAAAGACGGACAUCCUUAUCAAAAAAGUUGACGGGUCUCGAUAG